AGCUUAUGAUGAGCAUCUAUUUGAGUCGAUCAUUUCCAAGAUCUAAUUCGAGUUUUUUCUUAUGUAGUGGAAACGCCUUACAAUCUGAAGUUUUACGCUUAAGGGAAGAAAUGUUCUUGGUGGAUGCAGGACCUGGGACCCCCAGAAUUUGUAUGCAAGAUGAACCUACAGGAGUGCCAAUCAACCGAGCCACCAGGUUUGAGAAUAAGGUGGGAUCCCUGGAUCUAGUGGCCGGUGAAUCACUGAUCAAAGAGCCAAUUUUGGAGAGAUUCUUCAUCGAUCUAGUGGCCGGCGAAUCACUGAUCAAAGAGCGAGCAGCCGCCAGGUUUAAUGAUUUGGUGGGAUCCACAGAUGUAGUGGCUGGUGAACCGCUUUUUCUUCUUCCACGAAGAUUCAGACAAAACCGAGCUUGGAUGGAACUGAACAAGAUUUGGCAAACGAAUACAAAAGUCAAAGGCUUUAUUAUUGAGAAAGUCAAAGGAGGUUAUUCAGUAGCCAUCGCGGGUUUCAUUACUUUUCUUCCAUUCCGUCCUCUCAUAAGUCAAAGGAUAUCGAAUGAGAGAUUCACCAUUGAGAGCAUUAACCCAAAAAGAACGAAUAUUGUGGUGUUCUAAGAGUGGCGGAUCAAACAAGAACUUGUCGGUCGAGCUGCUCCUGAACCUGAUUGAACUGUAAGAAAAGAAGAAUCAACCUCAAACCUUUUCCUAUCCGAGUUGCAAGUGAAAGAAUAAAUAGGAAAAGGAGCUGCAUGAGAAGAACCUAUACAGAAGAGUCAAUUCAGAUUCAAUCCUGAACCUCUCCAACAAGGAAAGACUCAACAAAUGAAAGAAAGAGAAGCUCAAUCUCAUUCACCUAUCCAACUCUCAGUCAAGUCAACCAUUGCCUUCGUCUCCUGAUAACAUUCUAUCACCUUAAUCCAUUCUUUUGUUGAGGGUCUUGCACUUAUUCCUUCCGGCCCUAUAUUUACAUAGCGAAUCAAGGCAAAAGCUCUUACUCGAAUGCGUGACUGCAGCGCGCCUAUCGCCCCGGCACGGCACUAUAAAAUGCAUGUUGGGUUGAGCAA